AUGGGAGAUGUAUCACAUAUCCUCGCCACUAUUGGCCAGGAGGUCGAAGAUGCCGACGAGGAAUCCUUCCUCCUCUUCUCCCAAGACAUCCCCUCCUCAAAUCUCGGAUUCGUCGAUUCAAAGGCCUCAGCCGUCGACAUCACCAUCCACGACCGCGAGUACACAAUCCACCAAUCGCCCACGUUGCUCUCGUCUUCGCGCGCUGGGGGAACAACCGGUGCAGUCCUCUGGAAAAUAACCCCCCUCUUCGCCUCCUGGCUCUCAAACACAUCAAGCAACCCGCUCUGGACAACCGAGCACCUCACGCCCUCCUCGACAAUCGUCGAGCUAGGAUGCGGGAUCUCAGCCCUAACAGCGCUUGCGCUCUCCCCUCUUCUUGAGCCCCAGGGAACAAACGGCCACUAUAUCGCCACGGACCAGGAAUACGUGCACCGGCUGUUCCGGCAGAAUCUCCAGAGUAACCCGCCGAAAGCGACGAGUAAGGCCUCCUCGUCAUCGGGCAUUAAGAAGGGGAAGAAGCAGCAGAAAGCUUCCGCCGCAAUCUCACAGAACGAUGCAGCCCAGUUGAACCCGCAUCAGAAUAUAACCUUUACGUCUCUGGACUGGGAAACGGAUCACCCGGAGACGCUGAAGCAGCAGAUUGCUGCUGCUGGUGAAGAACAAGAGGCGGGGGAAGAGUUCGAUCCCGGCUUUGACCUGCUCCUCUCGUGCGACUGUAUCUAUAACGAGGCUCUCAUUGCGCCGUUUGUGCGGACGUGCGCGGAGAUUGCGCGGCUUAGACCUUCCCCCUCGGCGUUUACGGAGAGUGGGAGCAAGAGUGGACGAAAACCAACGAUAUGCGUCAUCGCACAGCAGCAGCGCUCGCCUGAUGUUUUUGAGGCGUGGUUGCGGGAGACGAUGCGGUAUUUUAGGGUUUAUAGGAUCAAUGAUGAUGCCCUGGGGAGGGAGCUGGGGGUAGGAAGCGGGUAUUUGAUCCAUGGGUUGGUCCUCAGGGAUUGA